AUGUGGGAGCGACCAUCCAGGUUUCACCAUUACCCGUUCACGUCGCCCAUCUCGCGUAAUUGCGUUUGCCGACGCGUCCCUUCCGAUAGGUCACGCAAUCACUGUAAAUUCUUUCUCGCGUCCGCCAUCCGCAAGCGUUCCGAGUCUGGCUACGUCGUGCUAUGCGGACUUCAUACGACCCGCCACAAGAUGUCUGGAAUCGAUCCUACAUACCCGCUCUAUCCUGUGGCUACCAUUCUCGUUGGAUCUGCACUCCUUCUUGUACCCCUGGACAUGUCCGUCCGGCGUAACUGGAAUCUGUCAAUUGCCUUCCUUUGCAUUUCACUCAGCAUCGAAAACUUGUAUUUCGGGGUUAACGCCAUCAUCUGGGCCGACAACGCCACCGUGAAGUUAGACGUUUAUUGCGACAUAGCUACACGCUUCCAACUCGCCGCUGGUAUCGUGAGGGCAUCGGCAACCUUGACGAUCCUUCGCCAUCUGUAUUUGAUCGCGAAGCUGCAACCUGUUGAGAUACUUGAUAACACAUCGAAACGCAGAGAUGUUGUGAUACAGUGGGUGCUGGGCCUGGUUCUCCCCCUCCUAGUUGCAGGGCCCCUCUACCUCGUCGUCGAAAGAACCCGCUUUGCAAUAAUAGAACGCUUUGGAUGUCAGAUCACCCCAGACAACUCGAUUCUCGGGAUCUUGUUCAUAUGGUCGUGGAAUAUCGCGUGUCCACUCUUAUCUAUCGUUCUAUACUAUCCCACAGUCGUGCGAGUCUUUUACAACCACUACCGGGCCAUGAGCGGCACUGUAUACAGUAGCAGCUCUGUACGUAUCACGAACUACGCCCGGAUCCUCGCGGUGGCUAGCAUCGACAUCAUAACAACUCUACCCUACGGCAUCACAUCGCUCGCUCUAGCGAUCAAGAAUCCACGAUCUACAGGCAGUUCCAUAUCCUUCUAUCCUGGAUGGGCCCGCACACAUGAAAAUUGGGAGCCGACAGGUCUCUCGUACGCUGACUUCAAGUAUUUGGGUCCUUUGACGGCUGCAGAGAUAUACUUCGCAGCAUGGGCACCGGUCGCCCUCGCGUAUGCGGUAUUCGGUCUAUUCGGCAUCACAAGAGAAGCUCGAGCUUCUUACAUGCACGUCUUCCGCACUAUGUGGGGUUGGGUUGGCUGGAGGUCGGCAGUUCCAGAGUCGCCGAGCCACGUUGUUCGAUCUAGGUUCAGCACUAUCGAGUUCGGUGAUCCGGUGCGAGAGUCCACGUUGGUGGAAGUCGCUGCCGGGGCUCGAUCGUCACUUAGUACAGUACACCCAGAUACGCGGGAGGAAAAGUUGGUCGGCAAAGCCAUAGCAUAG